AAAACAAUUUUUGAUUGUUUUUAUUUGCAUAUAAUUGAUGAUCGUGAUUCAAAUGAACAUGUUUCGUUUCGAACAAAUCAUCUAAUACCUUAUUGUCGACGUCCAUUAUCAACUGAUUCUAUUAAUAAAAUACAAGGAUAUAUAGAAAAUACAUACACAUUUAAAAAUUUAAGUUUACAAGGAAUUACGAGUGAAAAUCUUCUUCAGUGGUCAAUAUCAAUUGAUAUAAUUGAACUAUAUUCUAUAUACCUCAUUAAAAAUGAUAUCGAAUUUGAUGGAUUUAUUCUUAAUAAUUGUUCAUCAUUAUGGUUUGGUUCGAAUUGUCAAUAUACAUUUAAUUUAAGUAUGCCUAUCGAAUCAUUUGGGGAUUUCGUAGAUUCUUCAUUUAAGGCUCGUAAACAAUAUGAUAGAAAAAUGUUGAUACAUACUUGUUAUCCUCAUUUAUCUGAAUGUUAUCGUGGUCCUGAACCGAUGUGUUUAGAUUGGCGUGAAAUAUGUAAUGGAAAAGUUGAUUGUAUUGGAAGUAAUUUUGGUAUCGAUGAAGAAUAUUGUAAUGAACUUGAAAUAAAUGAAUGUGAAGAAGAUGAAUAUCGAUGUCAUAAUGGAGCACAAUGUAUUCCAUUUAAAUUCUUUCAUGAUGGCCGAACAAGUAAAGAUUGUUUGGAUGGAACAGAUGAAGUUGAAAAGUUUCGUAAGUCGGAAUAUUUGAAACCGGAACAAUCUUUAGGAUGCAUCGGUUCAAUGCUAUUCGCUUGUGAAGAGGUAACAUGUCGUCAACCACAUGAAUUUUCAUGUGGCGAUGGAAGUUGUACAAUAUUUAAUCCUAGUUUUAAUCUUAUUAAUUAUAAUCCAGAUGCUUGUGCAAGUACAGGUCGUGUUGCCAACUAUCGUCAAGCAAUUUAUAAAUCAGCCAAACAAUAUCCGAAUGAUUGUUAUCUUAUAUUAUUUUGUAAACUCGGUUUUUAUGACAUUCUCCAAAAUGAUACAUACAAUAUAACAGAUUGUUCAAGUAAAAAUUUGUCAUCAAAAAAUUGUACAUUAGAAUAUCUUUCGUUUCCUCGUGAACCUAUUUUCAAUGGUUAUUUUCAACCUUUUUAUUCAACUCGAUAUUUUAACAAUCCUGAUUAUGAUAAAUGGCCAGCAUACAUCUGUACUAAUCCACGAUUUGGUUUAUAUUUGUCAAAUGAAAAAAAUCGUAUGAAUGGUUUAGAUUGCCGUUCAUCUGCAACAUUUUUCUCCAACAGUCCGGGUUUAUCAGAUUAUUUGAAAGAAAAUGCUGCGAUUUGUGCAUUAAUGGGAAAUAUUAAUAAAUAUAAAUCAAAUUCAUCUUUAUUUUAUUGUGAAAAAUCUCAUAAAUAUAUAUCAAAACAUCGUCUCAUUGAUGGUAUUCGAGAUUGUUAUUAUAAUGAAGAUGAAAUUUAUACAAAUAGUUGUUCAUUAAAUGAUAUUCAUCGUUUUAAUUGUACAUCAGAAACAAAAUGUUUAUCACCUAUAGGUAUUGGCCUUGAUCAACCUCAAUGCAAAAAUGCAGAAGAUGAAAAAAUUGACAAUGACGAAAUAUUUGUAUAUUCACGUCUUUGUAAUGAGAUAGAUAGUUUUGCAGAAUUAGAACGAGAAGAUAAUGAAACCGAUGAAACCAGUUGUGAAUGGUGGCCUUGUCAUACUCCGUACACUCGAUGUGAUAAUACUUUUCAAUGUGCUAAUGGCAUCGAUGAAUUGAAUUGUCCUAAUGUUAAUUGUAAUAUUAAUGAAUUUAAAUGUCAAAUUAUUAAUUCAACUAAUGAUUAUUAUUGUAUUCCUCAAGAAUAUAUUUACGAAAAACCAGUCGAUUGUAUUAAUCAUGAUUUUCACGAUAGUCUGUAUCGAAAUAUAUUUUAUUCAAAUAAUUUAACUUUUAAUAUUAAUCAACAAUAUAUAUCAUGGAAAGAAAAGACUUGUUUAACAAAAAAUGAUAUUUGUAAUGAUUCAUCGACUAAUGAUCAACAAUUAAUAUGUAAUAUUGUUGAAAAAGAAAAUAUUUGUUUUGACCGUAAAUUCUUAAUAGAUUUGUAUAACAAUAGAACAUUAUGUCGCGUGGCGAAGCAUAAUACUGUUCCUGAUCGUGGUUUUUAUUAUUUUUCUACAUGGAAUUUGGGAUAUUUUCCACCAAUAAUAAAUGAAACAUCAUUAUCAUCUCAACAAUCUAUCAAUAGUAAGACAAAAAAACCUCUCGAAAUCAAUACUAGUAUUGAAUUAAUUGAAUAUUGUAAUCGUGGAAUUGUUAUAUUUGAAGGAGCAUCUUAUAAAAAGAAAUGUUUAUGUCCACCUAAUUAUUACGGUGAUCGAUGUCAAUGGCAAAAUCAACGUAUUAGUUUAACACUUCAGAUACGUCCAUUAGGUUCACAUGAGAAUAAACAUUCUAUUUAUGACAUAUUUAUUUAUUUAAUUGAUGAUGAAAAUGAAAUAAUACAUAACUAUGAAAAAAUAAAUUAUAUUUCAUCAAUAGAUUGUAAUACAAAAUACAAUCGUUAUUUACUUUAUCCUAAUCAACCAAAAAAUCCUAAUCAUACAUAUUCGAUACGUAUUGAUAUUUAUGAAAAAUCAACAUCAUUAAAUUAUUAUGGAAGUUGGAAUUUAUCUAUUCCAUUUCCAUUUUUACCAGUUAAUCGCAUAGCAACACAACUUCGUAUUCCAUCAGAAAAAUCUCAAUUAUUAUCAAAAUGUUCAAUUCAAUGUGGAACAAAUGAAAAAUGUUUUAAUUAUAUUAAUUCUACAAAAGAAUUAUGCCAUUGUGAUCAAGGUUAUUCAGGUCGUUAUUGUAAUAUAACAUAUCAACAUUCUUGUUCAUCGGAUUCAAUGGCGUUAAAUUCAUCAAUUUGUUUAUGUCCAUUAAAUAAAUUUGGUUCGAAAUGUUAUUUACAAUAUACAUCGUGUCAAUCAACUAAUAAUUCAUGUCAAAAUAAUGGUCUAUGUAUACCUUAUAAUAAUUAUAUAAAUCAUGAUGCUUUUAUUUGUUUAUGUCCUGAAAAUUUUACUGGAUCUUAUUGUGAAUAUCAACUAAAUAAAAUAAAUAUUAAUUUCAAAAUCAAUUCAAUUCCAACAUUAAUUUUUGCUCAUUAUAUUAUUUCACAUCAUGAUAAAGGACAUGAAAGAAUAACAAGGUUUAAAAAAAUUCCAUUUGAUCAAUAUUCAAUUGAAUUAUUUUCUCAAAUUCCAUUUAAUUUAUUAUUUAUCGAAUUUGAAAAGAAUUAUUAUCUUACUGUAAUAAGAGAAAAAUCAAUUCAAUCUGAAAAUAUUGCUACUAAUAUAAAUCAAGAUAAUAAUUGUGAAAAUAUAAAUAAACUUUUAAAUUCAACAAUACUUAAUUAUACAAAUCUUCGUCGAUUAAAAUAUUAUCAAUUACCAUGUAUAGAAAAUCUCAAGUUAAAAUGUUUCUAUGAUGAUAAACAUAUGUGUGUUUGUGAUAAAAAUCAUUAUUCAAAUUGUUUUGAAUUUGAUCAUAAUACGUCUUAUAAUUGUCAAGGUUAUAAUUAUUGUGAAAAUAAUGGCGAAUGUCUUCAGGAUAAUAUAACUUGCCCAUCAACUUCAGUAUGUAUAUGUAAAAAAUGUUAUUAUGGAAGUAAAUGUCAAUUCAGUAGCAUAGGUUUUAGUACAUCACUUGAUGUUAUUUUUGGAUAUCAUAUUAAACCAUUUAUUUCAUUUACAAAACAAUCCAGCGCAGUAAAAAUAACAGCAUCAAUAACAAUCCUUAUGUUAAUAUUUAGUAUUAU